CCCAUCUUCAUCUUCAUUUCUUCUCAAAAACCCUAAUUCAGUUCUGAUAAAGAUGCUUUAAUUCCAACAACAAUGGAAACAUACACAUACAUGGGAAGAAACCUCAGCAAUUUAUCCAUCAACGAUGAUUCCUCCUCAGCUUUCAGCGACUGUAACAGCGAUCGAUCCGGCGAGUUCCCUUCCGCUUCAUCCCAAAGUCGUCGUCUCUUAAUCGCCUGCGCUUCCGAAAACUGCGACGAUCUAAUCCCUCACCUAGUCUCCGAUCUCGAAUCCACCUCAAUCGACGACCAAAAACAAGCCGCCAUGGAAAUCAGACUCCUCGCCAAGAACAAAUCAGAAAACCGAAUUAAAAUCGCCAGAGCCGGCGCAAUCAAACCGCUCAUCAAUCUAAUCUCAUCUUCCGAUCCACAGUUAUCAGAAUACGGCGUCACCGCGAUUCUCAAUCUCUCACUCUGCGAUGAUAACAAAGAUGUCAUAGCAUCAUCCGGCGCAAUCAAACCGCUUGUUAAAGCUUUAAGAAUAGGUACAUCGACGGCGAAGGAGAACGCUGCUUGCGCUCUUCUCCGACUAUCGCAAAACGAGGAUAACAAGUUAGUAAUCGGACGUUCAGGAGCGAUUCCGCCGCUGGUGAAUCUACUUGAAACAGGUAAUUUCCGUGGGAAGAAAGAUGCAUCGACUGCGUUGUAUUCGUUGUGUUCGUUGAGGGAGAAUAAGAUUAAAGCUGUACAAACAGGGAUAAUGAAACCUUUAGUUGAAUUAAUGGCGGAUUUCAGUUCAAAUAUGGUGGAUAAAUCUGCGUUUGUGAUGAGCGUUUUGGUAUCGUUAUCAGAAGCUAGGGUUUCGUUGGUUGAAGAAGGUGGAAUUCCUGUAUUGGUUGAGAUUAUCGAAGUGGGGUCGCCACGGCAGAAGGAGAUAGUCGCUGCGAUUUUGGUACAGAUUUGCCAGGACAGUGUAGUGUACCGUACUAUGGUGUCCCGCGAAGGAGCGAUUCCUCCCCUUGUUGCUUUAACACAAUCUGGUACAAGUCGGGCCAAACAAAAGGCUGAGAUACUUAUUGAUCUUCUCCGACAACCAAGAUCCGGCAAUGCUGUUGCUGCUGCCAGGACGAUGUCAAGUUCGGAAGUAUCGUUUUAAAUGUCACGGGUUCGAUUUCAAACGAAAACGUUUUUCAAGAUGUACAUAUUUAUGUAAAAAUGUGUUUGUAUGUUGGUUUUGAAAAUGAAGGAGGUUAAUUUUAUUUAUGUUUUUUUUUUUGUGAUUAGGGGUUUGAAGGAUUUUGAGGUGUCUUAUGAAAAAGGGUAUUUGGUUGAAUGAUUAGUGGGUUUUGGAUUGUUGUCUGGUUGUCCCUUUCAUAGAGUAUAUAUUAUUAUUAUUAUUAUUAUU